AUGCCGCUCUGCAUUCACGACCAGGUAAAGUCAUAUGGGAAGUCUCCAGGAGAGUCUCCAGGAGAGUCUCCAGGAGAGUCUCCAGGAGAGUCUCCAGGAGAGUCUCCAGGAGAGUCUCCAGGAGAGUCUCCAGGAGAGUCUCCAGGAGAGUCUCCAGGAGAGUCUCCAGGAGAGUCUCCAGGAGAGUCUCCAGGAGAGUCUCCAGGAGAGUCUCCAGGAGAGUCUCCAGGAGAGUCUCCAGGAGAGUCUCCAGGAGAGUCUCCAGGAGAGUCUCCAGGAGAGUCUCCAGGAGAGUCUCCAGGAGAGUCUCCAGGAGAGUCUCCAGGAGAGUCUCCAGGAGAGUCUCCAGGAGAGUCUCCAGGAGAGUCUCCAGGAGAGUCUCCAGGAGAGUCUCCAGGAGAGUCUCCAGGAGAGUCUCCAGGAGAGUCUCCAGGAGAGUCUCCAGGAGAGUCUCCAGGAGAGUCUCCAGGAGAGUCUCCAGGAGAGUCUCCAGGAGAGUCUCCAGGAGAGUCUCCAGGAGAGUCUCCAGGAGAGUCUCCAGGAGAGUCUCCAGGAGAGUCUCCAGGAGAGUCUCCAGGAGAGUCUCCAGGAGAGUCUCCAGGAGAGUCUCCAGGAGAGUCUCCAGGAGAGUCUCCAGGAGAGUCUCCAGGAGAGUCUCCAGGAGAGUCUCCAGGAGAGUCUCCAGGAGAGUCUCCAGGAGAGUCUCCAGGAGAGUCUCCAGGAGAGUCUCCAGGAGAGUCUCCAGGAGAGUGUCUAGUGUCUAGUGGCUGCUAUGAUGGGGAGUAG